AUGCAUUCUUCCAACAUCAUCGUUGCCAUGCUUUUGGCCUUUGCAACCACGUCGUACGCCUCGCCAGAGCCAACUUUCCACAUCAUCGAAGUCCGCAAAGAACGCAACGGCACCGAGUCGCGCGGUAGUAGAGAAUCUGUUAGAUCGCAAUGCGCUCAAAUUCGAAAACUCACAGCCCUUACCACCCUCGCAUCCAACCAAACCAAACUCGACACCCUCGUCUCCAGUGGCGAAAUGAGCGAAAAGAAAGCGGGACAGGUCAAAGCCAAAGCCUCAAUCGCUACCACCAAACUACAAGCCCUGACGGCGAACUCGACUGUUGCGGCACAGUGUGCAACAAUUAACGCGGAGCGCAAGAUGAAGCAGAAUUGUAGGCAGAUGAAGCGCUGGGAGAAGCUGACCAACCUGGCGAGUAAUGCAACCGCCCUCGAUGCUUUCGCUGCACAGAAAAACAUGAACGCGACAAAGCUGGCUGCACUCAAGGCGACGCUACAAAAGGUGGAGACAAGGUUGCAGGAGAUGCAGGCGAAUACCACGUUGAUGGCAUUCUGCGGACAGACGAAACAGGCGACUGGACGGCCUGAAAGUGCUAAUGGCACGGCGAGUUCUGGUGCUGCGAACGCAAGUGGUGCACCGCUACAGGCGAGUACGAACGAUGCGGGCGCCUCAAACGCUGUGUCGUAUGUUUUUGUGCCUAUCAUCGUGAGUUUGUUUGUGAUGUUGCUCUAG